AUCAACAAACGGCCAUAAAAUCAUACCACCAUCAACUUAUAUACACACACAUAUACACCUAUACAUACACUCAUAUAGCCUGCUAAAUUACAAUUUCUUGUUCUUCCCCAAAUCUCUAAUUGUGAAGGAAGAACAGAAGUCAGAACCAGUGCCUUGUGGUGCACUCAUCUCACAAAGGUUUAAACCGACAGAAUCUUGGUGGGUUUCAUGAAUCUUGGAUGGAUUUUAAUGAUUUUGGUGAUGGUGAGAAGGUAGCUGGAUUUGAUCGAAUCGGUCGAGGGUAAAGUGGUCUUUUCCCUUUUUGUAUCUCUGUAUAUCUUGGGCUGAUUGGGGAUUUUAGGGUUCAUAAAGAUGAGUUCAAGUGGAAAUGUGAUACAAAGGGGGAAGCUUUUAGUUCAUAUAGCCGAAAACGGGCAUUCUUUCGAGCUCGAUUGCGAUGAAUACACCGUUGUUGAAUCAAUCCAACAGUAUUUAGAAUCCGUUUCCGCGAUUCGGUUAACCGAUCAGCUUCUGUUGUAUCUAGAUAUGAAAUUAGAAUCUCAAAAUCCACUCUCUGCAUACAAACUCCCAUCCGAUGACGGUGAAAUUUUCUUAUUUAAUAAAUCAAAAAUGCGAAGUAAUUCGACUCCACCUGAACCCGAAGAAGUUCAAUUAUCCGAAAACAACAACUAUCCCGACCCUCGACGACCAUCGUCAUCGUCACACGAUCCACAUCCGUUAGACGAAGCUCCCGACCCAGCGUUAAAGGCGUUACCGUCAUACGAGAGACAGUUUCGGUACCAUUACCAACUCGGAGACGCAAUUUACCGACGUACGGUUGCAAAAUACGAAGCAUGUAACCGGCUCGCGAGAGAGCAAAGGGUGCAAGAAAAGGCGUUAGAGAUUGCCAGGGGUAAUUUGGACCAUUUCUAUAAGAUGAUCCACCAAAACUACACGGAUUUCGUGAAGUGUUAUUCGCAGCAACAACGGACUCAUUCGAAUCUUUUGGUGAAUUUCGGGCGGGAUUUAGAGCGGCUUCGGUCGAUUAAACUUAUACCCGUGUUACAGACUGCCGAGCGUAGGUGUUUGUUGGAUUUUGUGAAAGAAGAUAAUUUGCAAAAAAUGGUGGAUGAUUGCGGUAAUUCUCACCGGCAGUUCGAAAGUAAAGUCGGAGAGUUUAAGCAGGAAUUCGGAGAAUUAAAACGAAGCACCGAGCAUUUGUUUUCUAGUAAGGCUUCGAUCCUUAGUAGAGAUUUGGAACGAGCGGUUAAGGAGCAUGAACACCAUAUUGAUGAGCAGAAAAGUAUAUUGCAAGCUUUGAGCAAAGAUGUUGGCUUGGUGAAGAAACUCGUGGACGACUGUUUGACGAGUCAACUCUCCAAUUCUCUCCGACCACACGAUGCAGUGUCAGCAUUAGGCCCGAUGUACGAGGGUCACGACAAAAGUUAUAUCCCCAAAAUGCAAGCUUGUGAGCGGGCCAUUUCGAACCUCUUAACCUUCUGCAAGAACAAAAAAACCGAAAUGAAUACAUUCGUUCACAAAUACAUGCAAAAGAUCGCGUAUAUUCAGUACACAAUCAAAGACGUAAGGUACAAGUUUUCCCUUUUCACCGAAGCACUAAAACGCCAAAACGAUCAAUUUGAGCAUUUGAAAGUUGUUCGUGGAAUCGGGCCUGCGUAUCGAGCGUGUCUUGCGGAAAUAGUACGGAGAAAAGCGUCGAUGAAACUUUAUAUGGGAAUGGCGGGCCAGUUAGCGGAACGACUUGCGACCAAACGGGAAUCGGAAAUAAGAAGACGAGAAGAGUUUUUGAAAGUCAAUAGUUUGUUUAUACCUCGAGAUAUAUUAGCGUCGAUGGGGUUAUACGAUACACCUAACACUUGUGAUGUUAAUGUAGCUCCGUUUGAUACGAAUUUACUCGAUAUCGAUAUAUCCGAUUUGGACCGUUUUGCCCCUGAGCAUUUAGUGGGACUUUCGUUUAAGAAGAGCCUGUCUUCGAUGUCGCAAGAUGUCGAAGUAAGUUCGGAAAGCGGUACGGAAAACGAUAACGAUUUUGUUGAUGCUUCGGAAUUGGUGGAGAUUGCGGGGACGAGUAAAUUGGAAGUCGAAAAUGCAAAACUAAAAGCCGAACUUGCUUCGACGAUAGCGAUUCUUUGUUCGUUUUCGCCAGAAACCGAAUUUGAAGACAGUGAAGUGGGAAACGCGCUAAAGAAUUCUGCCGAAAAGACUGCUGAAGCGUUGCGUUUGAAAGACGAACACGAGAAACAUUUGGUCAAUGUGUUGAAAGUCAAACAUAUGCAGUGUGAAGCGUAUGAGAAGCGAAUUAAAGAGCUUGAAAACCGGCUGUCGGAUCAGUAUUCUUUAGACCAAAAACUUAAUAAAGAUCCGUUAUCGGAGCCUAUGGAUGAAGCUUCUUACGCUUCAAGUUCGUUACUUUUGAAAUCGGGAGGUAUCGAUUCAUCGGGAACGAUGAACGCUAAUUUGGAUUCAUCGAUGGUGGAACCGAACCGCGAUGAAAAAGACGAAAAGGAUGCUAUGGUGUUGGCCACAAGUUCAACCGCUGAUUACAUGCCGCCCAGUACGAAAAGUUUGACCUCCGAUGACCAGGUCAAAGCUAGCGAUCUUGUCGCAGAGUUGCAGAAUUUGCUUACGGAGAAAUCAAAUCAGCUAAACGAAACCGAAACGAAGCUUCGAGCUGCGAUGGAGGAGGUUACGAGGCUGGGUGAUGAGCUGGAAAUCAGUCGGAAUCUUCUAGAAGAAUCUCAGAUGAAUUGCGCUCACUUAGAGAAUUGUCUACACGAAGCGAGAGAAGAGGCUCAAACUCAUCUAUGUGCAGCAGACCGUAGAGCGUCUGAAUAUAGUACGUUACGCGCGUCCGCUAUCAAAAUCCGCAGCCUUUUCGAAAGGCUAAAAACGUGCGUUUCGUCAAGUGGUGUGGCCAGUUUUGCUGACUCAUUGCGCGUCUUAGCUCAAGCUCUCGCCAAUUCUGCAAAUGACGGGGAUGAUGGAAUAAACGAGUUCCGGGAAUGUGUUCGGGUGCUCGCUGAAAAAGUCGGUGUUUUGACGAGGCAACGGGCCGAGCUGAUUGAUCGGUACACAAAGACGGAGGCAUCACAUGAACAACUUACAAAGGAGUUGGAAGAAAAGAAAGACUUGGUCAACGCUUUGUACAUGAAGCUUCAAUCCGAAAAACAGGUGAACAAGGAGAAGAUAACGUUCGGUCGUUUGGAGCUUCACGAGAUUGCCGCAUUUGUACUUAAUGAAGCAGGACACUACGAGGCAAUAAACCGAAACUGCACUCAUUACUAUCUUUCUUCCGAGUCGGUUGCCUUAUUCACCGACCAUCUUCCACACCAACCCACCCACAUCGUGGGUCAGAUUGUGCAUAUCGAGAGACAAACCGUAAAAUCAUCUCCGGUCCCGUACGGUUUGCCCGUUGGGUGCGAGUAUUUUGUGGUGACGGUAGCCAUGAUACCAGAUACCGCUAUUCAUUCACCUACUGCUGCUUCCUGAUCGUGAAAACUCGGUAAGAUAUGAUGGAAGAAUUAGGAAACCGAGCGGGGCAAGUGUACAUACUUGAUAAUACUAAUGGAAGAUUCAGAAAGUUGGUUCGUUGAAUUUGGUUCGGUUCCGUUAUGUACAGUUGAUGAAUGAUGAUGAUCAUAACAUGCUCAGUUGUAUAUAUUAACUCUUGAUCAUGUAAAAGAACUUUGUAUAUUAUCUUGUUGAAAAAUCGGAACCGGCGUUAUGCUGAUUCUAACAAA